GUCUUUCCUUCUGCAAAUGUAAGUGAUGCCCUUUCCCCCCCAUCACCCCUCCCUUUCCUUUAUUAUCUUCAACAUCCCCAUCCUCCUCGCUUUCCGUUUCUUGUCACCGCUUCUUCACGUCUGACCCUCCAUAGCUUGUCUUGUUCACCAGGACCUAUAGCUUUGAGCGUUCUAUUGUCGGAAACUUAUGCCUCACGCAGAAAACGGCAUUAUGGGCGAGAAUUCUGUCAACGGGGAGACUAUCCACUCCCAAUUCCUCGAUCAUUUGACAUCCUAUCCUGUUGUUUCCGACUCUAUCACCGUCAUCAAGACCAACAAGUACGCCGCGAAGUCUCUGGAAUAUGCCGACCAAGGCUACUCUCGCUUAGCCAAGCCGUUCCUCCCUUACUUCUCCAAGCCGUACGGCUUUGUUGCUCCAUAUGUCGCGCGCGUAGAUACCCUCGGAGAUAAAGGUCUGAGCAAGGUUGAUGAAACAUUUCCAUUUAUCAGGGAUGAUACAACCACGCUCAAGGGAUCGAUUAAAGAUGGCGUCUCAUUCCCAGUGCGAUUCGUUUAUGACCUCAAGGGUCAUGUUUUUGACACCUACAGUUCGGAGUACAAGAAGUGUGGCGGGGAUGGAAUGGUUGCGAGCGGCAAGGCCGUGAUCACCACCGGCUUGGUGCUCUCGCAGGAGUCGCUAGCCUAUAUCAGCUCCUUGCUUCAGGCCAAGAAAGCCCAAGUUAAGGAUGCAGUCAACGAGAAGACUGACAACUAAACGCUUGCAAUUGGAAAAUCUUUAUUCCUGUUUCAACUGGUCUGUUCUCUUGCGAUGUUGUAAUCGUUUUGCGUGUUUGUCGUUUAGAUCGUUUUGCUCUGGGAGGCCUGUCUCCUUUAUUCGGUUUGUCUUGGACAUAGGCGGUUGCGUUCAAUUCUCCACGUGCUCAUGCGGCUUGCAUUGGAUACAUACACUGGCUCAAUAAUGAUAGCUAAGGAUUAAUUGACUUUUUUAUGCAAUGUCCGUGCUAGAGGUCCGUGGUACAUCGGUAACAAAGAAGCAAAAAAAGUAAUAUCACAAAAAGAUCUCCCCGACUGGGAGUCGAACCCAGGUCUCCCGCGCUUGUUCCCGAGAGGGAUUGACAAGCGGAAAUCAUGACCGUUAGACCAUCGAGGAUCUUC